AUGACCAUCCAGCAAGAAAGGCUGGACGGAAGUAUGUUGGAUGACGGGGGAGUGGCUGACACACCAAAGUGCUGUGCUGCCAAGCUGCAAGACCUGGACAGACACAGGAGCCAGGCAGAGAUGAACCUAGUGAAGUUCAGAGAAGGCAAGUGCAGGGUCUUGCACCUGAGGAAGAAAAACCCAGGGCACCAGCACAUCCUGGGGGCUGACCUGCUGGAAAGCAGCUCUGUGGAGAAGGACCUACCUCGGAGUUCUGGUGGUCAACAAGUCAGCCAGAAGUGUGCCCUUGUGGCCAAAAAGGCCAGUGGGCGGCCCGGGCCCUGCUCCGUCCCCGCUGGCCCGCAGGGGGCGCGCGGCCGCCUCAGCCGCCCUCAGCGCCCGCCCCGCUGGGCCCGGGGGAUCGGGGGCCGCUGCGGGCGUUCCGAUCGCUCUCCUCAGGCGGGGAUGGCGGCGGACGACGAGGCGGAGCUGAGCCUGCUGGAGUGCCGGGUGUGCUUCGAGCCGUACUGCCCCGACGGGCAGCGGCGGCCCCUCAACCUGCCCUGCGGGCACGUCCUCUGCCGGGGCUGCGUGGGGGCCCUGGCCGGCUCCGAGGGCCAGAGGCUGGAGUGUCCCUUCUGCCGGCGGCUCUGCGGCCCCGCCGAGACCAGCGACUGCCGCCCGCUGCUGCAGCUGCUGGAGCUCUUGGGCCCCGCCGGCGGCGGCCUCGCCUCGGCCCUGGGCAGGAGCGGCGGAGAGGCGGCGUCCCCCGCGGGGCUCGGGCUGCGGCUGUGCCUGUGCCUGGGGGGCUGGGGGUCGCUGGUGAACCCCACCGGGGUGGCGGUCUGCCCCUGGUCCGGCCGCCUGGCAGUGGCACACGACGGCAAGAAGAGGAUCCACGUCUUCGGGCCGAGCGGGGUCUGCCUGCGGAGGUUCGGGGAGCGGGGGGACGCGGGCAAUGACAUCAAGUAUCCGCUCGAUGUGACGGUCACGUCGGACGGGCACGUGGUGGUCACCGACGGCGGGGACUGCUCCGUGAAGGCCUUCGAUUUUGAGGGAAGAGGGGUUCUGGCUGUCCGGGAAGGCUUCUGUUUGCCCUGGGGCUUGGAUGCCACCCCCAUGAACGAAGUAAUCGUGACCGACUCGGAGGCAGGCGCGCUCUACCGCUUGGCGGCCGACUUCCAAAGCGGGGAAUUAAAGAAGUGUCAGACGAUCUGCUCCCGGCUUGUCAGCCCCAGAGGGGUUGCAGUCUGCCAGACCUCGGGCGCUAUCGUGGUAAUAGAGCACCUGAAAGCUCGAGGACCGAGCAAGGGCAGCACCCGCGUGAAGAUAUUCAGCGCGCAGAUGGAUCUCAUCGGCCAGAUGGACAGCUUCGGUCUGAACCUUGUUUUCCCCUCCAGAAUAUACGCUACUGCUGUGGCCUUUGACAAAGAAGGUCGUGUUAUAGUAACGGAUGUUUGUAGCCAGGCUGUCAUAUGCUUAGGGAAACCUGAGGAAUUUCCCAUCUUUAAUCCUCUAAUUAGCCACGGGCUUUCUUACCCUGUCGGACUGGCUUACACGGCAAACAAUUCCCUCGUCGUUUUAGACAGCGGUGAUCAUUCAAUAAAAGUAUAUAGCUCUAUCUGAGUGGGCUUAGAUGCUUAGUGCUGCAGGCUCAAGCUACUUACUUCUGGCCAUAAAGCAUGCAGAGUUCUGGAGUUUGUAUGAGAGGAGGGAGGAGGUGGUUUUGGGGCUUUGAGAGAAAUCACCCUCUGACCAGCAUGCUAUGCUUCCUGCAAAACUUGCAUCACGUCUCUUGCCUACCUGUGGGAGAGGACCAGGCUGUUGCUGCCUGUAGCUAACAACAAAUCAACCCAACAAACCAUUUGGCAUUUUAAAACUAUUCCAUGCCUUGACAACCAAGUGUUUUUGGUUCUUUUUAACAAAUAAUCAAAGACCAGCACCUAUGAAAGGAACAUGUAAUUUAUAUUUCCAAGCACAUAAUUUUCACUAUUCUUAAUUAAGUAUAGAUACACUCCUGACAGAACUGUUACCAGGAAUUGUGUACAAGAAAGGAGAUUGCCUUGAUGGAAUGAUAGGAGAAUUGGAAGUCUCUCAAGGUUGCAUAAAUCCAACUAAAAUCAUUGUGAUGGAGGAGCUACCACUGAUGAGUGAGUUAUGAGAAGUGAAAUCAUGGUCAAAGUCUAUAUUUUCUGUACUAGGAAAAUGCAUUUCUGGGGGCACUCUGCUAGUUUAUUCCCACCUUUAUUAAGGUUGUACUGGAGCACUUUGACUUCCUCUAAAAUGCCCAAGUCUUUACCUAGAUGAUAAUGUCUUUGAUAGUGUCUUUACCUGGAGAUAAUCUUGUGUGUGGUUACACAGCAUGGGCUGCUUUGCCUAAAAGCCUCUUGAAGUAUUCACGUUUAGACCACAAAUACUCCUGCAUAUGUAAGUUUCAGUUGGCUGUGCUGCUAACACAGCUACACAUAGGAGGUUUUCAGCACUGCCUGCCCCUGUUUUGUCAUUAAUAUGGUACUUUUGCACUCCAAACUUCAGGAUUCAACUGCAAAUUGAAGUACUAGUGAGAAGUAAGCCUCAUUUUUUUUCCUAGCUUCCAAACAAGGUGUUGUUGAUUGUGAAUACACAGAAGAUUUAGAUUCGUUUACGUUCUCUUGUUUUACUCACAGUAAUAUUAUAUUCUCACUUACAUUCUCACAGUUUUACUGUGGACACAAAUCCUUUUGCCUUACUGCAUAGUGGAAAUUAUGGUAUAUAUGACUAUGAGAAAGAUUUAAUACCCCCACUAGAAGUCACUGCUGCAUUUUUAGGCAUUUACCUGCUGCUAAAAUGGUUCAGCAUCAAAAUGAAGUCAGAUGUAAAUGCUGUCUGAGGCAGAGAUGAGUAGGUUAAAAUGGCAUAAAACUUUGGGGUAUUUUUUUUUUUUUUAUCAAUUGAAAUCAUUAAUAUUAACUAAUGUAAUUUGAAAUUCACAGGCAAUGUAUCAGUAAAUUUUUAUCUGGCUUUUGGUCUGACUUCAGGGCAUCUAAUAACUGCAUGUGUUACAGCUCCAGUGAUUUACCAAAUACUUGCAUUAAAUUGGAGCAAUUUAGCCCUCUAAUUCAGCCAAUGUGUUAAUCUGUCUCAUAUCAACAUUCAUAUAUACAAAACAAAUCCAUUAAUUGCAGCUAUUUGUAAAGGUUAAUUGAACAGUGACCUGUCAAUAAAGUGUGAUUUGCUUACUCCUAUAUUUUAAUAAUUUAGUGAUAAUUCCUCAUAUCUUUUCAUCAUGUUUCCUUGUUACAAGACCAUUUCUGUAUUGCAGUUGCUCUGCAGAUGGUUUCUUCUUCUGUUUGGUGAUAUCCUGCAGAAGUUGUUAAAGUGUCAUCUUUUGCUAUUGAAAAUUAUAUGGAUGUGCACAGUUGUUAUUUUUCAGCCUUCUCUGCUGCCUGGCCAAACAGCAAUUGCCUUUGGAAGAACCAGAAAUCCUCCUUGGCUGUUCCACAGUAUGAGCUGUAUGGCCCUAAGCAGGAGCCCAGUUGGGAGGUCAGGAAGGAAAUUUACUCAGAGAAGCAGACCCCUGUAUUUUAUCUUCCUUUCUAGAUGCCAAGGAGCCACCUGCCUUUGAUAGAAUCAAUUAGAUAACACUUCCUUUGGGGGACUGCUGUGUGUCAAAAUGCAUGCAAUGCCAUCAAUGCUGUAUUCAUUCAUAAUUAAUACUUUGUCACAGUAACACUUCCUCUGAACCAUGGGCUGUGAGCUUUCAUCUUCUCAAACCUUUGUGUGCACCAGGAGCUUGUUUUUGCUACUACAUUCAUAGAUGGGCAAAUUUCCUAGGACCUACUGCCAUGAAGGCAACUUUCCAGCAGUUGAAAUGCUGAUUUUUAAACAUUUGACUCAUACUGGUUUAAAAUCUAUGAAAACUCUCAUUGUUGCCCAUUCUGUUCCUGUCUCCUUUGGACUAGAAAUCACUUGAUUUUUGUAUUUGUAAGCAAAAUAAACUUUGGGGCUUUAUUCUACCUAA